AUGACUAAGAUUGCAGCUAUGCCUACUUCUGCUCAACAAACUAGAAGAAAUUCAAGAGUCGUUACUGCACGAAUUGUUUCUGGAAACCAGGGUCAAUACCUAACUGUUCCAUCAACAAUCUACAUUGCGCGCGCAAAUCAACUACAAACGGCACCACCAUGGCAAGGAAAGAACAUACUGUGUAUCAAGUUGUGUGUCUGCAUUGUUCUCGUAUUUGUGUUUUGUGUGCUCACCGUUGUCAUUUACUCAAUUCUGCUGGCCAAGUUUAGCGACAACGAGCAGAAAAUCAACAGCGAAAGCUUGUUAUUUGAUGACAAACCAACGGAAGCACAGAUACAUGGUUAG